ACGAACAGGAAGUUCCUGUAUUGACAAAGUUGCUUCGUUGCAUGUAGUGUCAAACAUUUCAACUGAUUCAUUGUUGACCUGGGAAAUGUAUAUCCAGUUAGGCUAAGGGUCUUAUAUCGCGGGAUAUACCAGACUUCAAAGCCAUACAUAUGACCUGCUCAUCGCGCAACAAUUUGAAGAAACGAUUUGUGCUGCUGUGCUAUAAAUGGCCGGAAAAUGGUGGGGUAUUUCCGAGAAGGAUGUCUCGUGCCCUCUUUGUGAGGACAUUUUUGGGGACCCGGUCACACUGAAUUGCAGCCACACGUUAUGUGAACUCUGCGUUAGAAAAGUCUGGCGUAAUGCUGGGCUGAGGGCAUGUCCGAUUUGCAAGGAAGGUUUUUGGCAAAACAAACCCCCCAUCAACCUGUCUUUGAAGAACAUUUGCCAGGCUUUUCUACGAGAAAGAGCAGGAAGAGCUGAGCAGGACCCAAAGGAAUAUCUGCGGUUGACACUACAGGCUUCGAAGAAAACGCUCCGGAAAUGCAAUGAAGAGCAGCUGUGCUGUGAGGAGUCGGCAGCGCAUGUUAAGACGCAGGCCCUCAGCACUGAGAAGCAAAUCAAAGCUGAGUUUCGAAAGCUCGAGAGGUUCCUGAAGAUGCAGAAGGCAGCGAGGAUGGCAGCACUGGAGGAGGAGCUCGAGGUGAAGACUCGCGCUUUGAAGGACAGGAUGAAUGGCCUGGAGGACAAGAGGUCUGCGUUAACGCAGACCAUAUCCUGUAUAGAGGAGCUGCUGAACGCUCAAGAUUCCAGUUUCAAUCAGCAGAACAUUGAGGUCACGUUACAAAGAGCCUCGGACCUCAACAUCCAGUCGGAACCAGAGACGAAUACCCUGCUGAACGUGGCCAAACACAUCGGAAACCUUGCCUUCCACGUCUGGGAAGAGAUGAAGACACUUGUUAAAUACACCCCAGUCACCCUGGACCCCAACACUCCGACCCCGUGGCUCAUCCUCUCCAAGGACCUGACCAGCGUGAGAGACAGGAUCACUGUGAAGGUACCACCCAACCCUGAGAGGUUCGAGGGCCCCUGGGUCCUGGGCUCCGAGGGCUUCAGUCAGGGGAGCCACAGCUGGGACGUGGCCGUGCCGAUGGAGGACUGGUGGGUGGGGGUGGCCCCCGAGGCUGUCAGCAGGUACGACCCCCCAGGAGAGAUCUGGGCCGUCCACUGCAACCCCUCCGGCGAUUACUUCAUCCUCCAUCCUAGCCAGGACGCCGUCCAGCUCGCUGUUGAUAUGAUCAGCAACCUCCGAGUGACUUUAGACAUGGACAGAGGAGAGCUUAGUUUUUUUUCCGACGAAAACGCACACCUCCACACAGUCUCACACGCCUUCCGGGAGAGAAUGUACCCCAUUUUUAACUGUAUUGAUCGGCUGAGCGUGUUGUCAAGGGCCCUGCCUCUUACGCUGGAACCGGGAACAUUUUGUGACCACUAUAAGGACUGCCACUGUUUCGAGAAGCGUGACUUGUUCGAUGUUUGAGGGGGGGGGGGGGUUAUUGCUGCAAAGUCGAACUCCAAACCUUCCCAGCCGUGGUCUCGUUUCAAGUGUUCGUGUCACGGCUUUGACCGUGACCAAGUUGUGUUGUUGCUCAGUGUUCCUGACAGGUGUCUUGUGUGUUUGAUAUGGGAGUGAAACGAGCUGUCACUGCUGUGUUUCCGAUUUGUGAACUGUUUUUGUUCUUCAAUAACUUUUUCUAUUGUUGUUACUCUGUAAGGGUGAUGUUUUGGACUCGUACAGAGGAAUGGACGCAUUCGGUUUGAACCAAGUCAAGUUUCUCUCGGCUUGAUAUCUGAAUGUUCAAGAAACAUAUUGUUUAUGUUGAAUCAAUCUUGAAUUUGACCUUAUUUCGUGCAUCGAUUGUUCACCUACAUCUUGGACGCUUUUGAUGGCUCAUGUGCCACUUCUUUUCUUUUGGACCAUUAAAGUACAUCAACAU